AUGCCGCGAAAAUCCUUUAAAAUUAAGCCUGGUGUUAGAAAAUAUGGAACUAAAAGCAAUUAUACUCCAGAAAUUUUAGAAGAGGCACUUAAUAAAAUUCGGUCAGGUGCCAUGUCUAGGAUGGAUGCUUCCAAACAUUAUAAUAUACCACAUGUAACAUUAUAUUAUAAAUUAAAUAAGAAACAUAUCAAAAAUAUCGGAAGACCUAUAACAUUUACCGCAGAAGGGGAGGAGAACUUUCAGAAUCAUUUGUUACUGUUGAGUGAUAUGGGCUUAUCAUUGAGUAUGUUAGACUUAAGGAUUAUCGUCAGAGAUCACCUAAAUAAAAACAACAGGAUUGUGCCGCAAUUCCGAGACAAUAUGCCUGGUUAUGAAUGGGGAACAUUAUUUUUAGAAAGAAACCCUUUACUGAAGGAGAAACUAUCUCAUAAUAUCCCGAGAAAAAGAGCUCAAGUUAAUCGUGAGAAAGUUGAACAAUUUUUUAAUAAUUUUUCCAAGGAGAGUGACUCCUCCAAAUUUGUAUAA